AUGGGUUCUCACUUUAUACCUACAACUUCAAACGUUGUUUGUUAUGAGAAAAAAAAAGAUUUAUGUUUAGUUGCCAUGAAAUGUGGCGAGUCAAUAAUGUUUCAAGGAAAUGUUCUUGUUGCAUCUAUUUUUGGAGAAGCUAACAUUAUGGGUCAUAGAUUGCACAGUGUUGUUGCCUCAGAAAUUACAUCUGAAAAUCGAUUAUCAAUUGAUUUGAGCUCUAGUCUUACGUUCUAUCCAGUGUUUUCUCCAAAAACACAUUCCUUGUUAGAAAUAGAAUCAGUAGAAAGACAGGAGAUGAUUACGCGAAAAAUUUCACAUUCUGGAAUUAUAGCUUGUUCAACGACAACGUCGAUGAUUAACAAACUUUUAUCAAAUGUGAACUUUUCUGAAGAAAGAUAUGAUACGAUCCUUGUUUUACGAGAUUUUUCAUGGUGUGGUAUUCAAGAUAUAGAACAUGUUACAUCGUCAUGUUUCAAUAAUAUAUUUACCGACAAUCUCACGAAUAAUAAGAAAAUUGAUUGUAAUAAUGAGAUUGAACAAUCAAAACGUGAUUUGUUUAAUAUUAAAGGAUUUUAUCCGGUAACUAUACCACCCAUUGCUAUCAUUAGUGGACAUAAAAAUGUUGGGAAAUCAACAUUUUCUAGAUAUUUGGUUAACAAAUUGCUUAACGUUUGCCCCAAAGUUGCUUAUAUUGAAAGUGAUGUUGGACAAUCUGAAUUCACCCCUUGUGGGUUAGUAUCGCUAAAUAUAUUGAAUUCCCCUAUUUUUGGUCCUCCAUUUACACAUAUACAACAACCCUAUAGAUCAUAUUUCAUUGGACAUAAUUCUCCACGCGAUGAUCCCGACUAUUAUUUGGAUUGUUUGCGCGAAUUAGUUACAGUUUAUCGUCGUGACAUUGCUUGCGGUUCAGAGUACGGAAUGUACGAUGAUGGACAAGUACACGUUCCUCUAAUUAUUAAUACUCACGGAUGGAGCAAAGGAAUGGGCUAUGAUUUAUAUCUUCAUAUUAUAGGUUUUGCUAAACCAACACAUAUUUUUCAGUUUUAUUCUGCAACAUUCACCAAUCAAAACCUUCCAUCACUACCGGAAUAUAUUGUCUCACCUACUGACCAAGAACCGCCCAAAGUUUCUUUUGUUGAAGCAAUAGAAUCAUCCGAACGUUCUAAUCGGGCAUCCGAUCAUCGGCUAUUAACAUUAUUGUCAUACUUUUAUUCAACAAGUGCCAUGGCAGUAAAACAAGUAGAUACAAGAUGGUGGUGUUUUAACCUACCGUUGAUCCGUCGGGUACCAUGGUGUUUAGAUUGGAGAAAAGGGUUGACUGAGGGGGUUUUUAUGUUAUCCGGAGAGGUGCCUCUAAGUCAACUUUUGUACGCGUUAAAUGGUUCGAUAGUAGGAUUAAUUGGCGAUAUCGAUAAUCCUUAUACAAGUGAACAAGUUGACAAAGGCGUAAUAUUCGUAAAAGAAUUAAAAGAUUCGCGAUCACGAAUACAACCUCCGAAUUAUUUUCCUUGUCCUGAUUUUCCUCCACCUUCACCAACUAAACAUAAUUGUUUGGGGUUGGCAAUUAUAAGAUCGAUCGAUCCUGCAUCCCAUUCAUUUCACGUUCUUUCGCCACUACCUUCGUCAGUUCUUUUUAAAACAAAUGCCAUAGUUAAAGGAACUUUAGAACUUCCAGUAUGGUUUAUGCUGGAUCAUAUUACAAACAGCUCACUGGGUGUUUGUGGUAUUCCAUGGAAAAGUGUUCCCUACCUGAGAGUUGAAGCAGGAGAAGGUAUUGGAUAUGCGGCUCCAAAAGUAAGGAGAAAUAUUAGAAGACGUGGUCAAGAGAACCAAAACAUUUAA